GGGAGGCGCUGGCUGAAAGGCUGAAAGAGCUGUCGAAUCUUGUUGGCUGAUCCAGCAUCACAUUAAUGGAGAAGAAUGGCUCGCAUCUCUUUGGACAGUCCAACCUCUUUACCAGGGAUCCCUCUCAGUGUGCUGUCAGUGCCCAUGGAGAAUAAAUACAAAUGUCAGCAGUGUCUCCAGGUCCUGAGGAAACCUGUUCAGGCUCAGUGUGGCCACCGCUUCUGUGUACACUGCUUCAAGCAGCUCACCAGCUCUGGGCCAAAGCCUUGUGAAGCCUGUCGACAAGAGGAGAUCUACGAAGAACCCAUAUCUAUUCUGAACAGUAACGAGGCAUUCCCAGAUAAUGCUGCUGGUCGAGAAAUAGCGAGUCUGCCAGCCAGGUGUUUGAACCAGGGAUGCAGCUGGACAGGAUCUAUAAAAGAAUAUGAGACUCAACACGAAGGUCGCUGUGAGUUCGAGCGGGUGCAGUGCGAGGCCUGCCAAGCCUCCAUCCUCCUGAAGGACAAGGACAGACACAGCGAGCGGGAAUGCGAGGAAAGGACUCUGAACUGCAAAUACUGCAAAGUGACGUUCAACUUCAAAGACAUUAAAGCCCACGAUGAGAUCUGCGUGAAGUUUCCUUUACAAUGCAAAGACUGUGGCAAAAAGAAGAUCCCAAGAGAAAAGUUCGGUGAGCACAUGAAGUCCUGCCCCAAGUCCAAGAGCUCCUGUCCGUUCAGUGACGUGGGCUGCAAGUCUGUGAUUGAGAACGGGAAAAUUAUUGAACAUGAGCACAGCAGCACCAUGGAGCACUUGCGUCUGCUGCUGCCUAUGGUUCUGUCCAUGACCUCUACUCGCCCAGAGACUUCUGGAUCUGGAGAGUGGCAGGAAGACUCGGGUCUGGGUCUGUACAGAGCUCCUGAUGAGGGGAGUGGGGCUGCAGCCCCCACACACUCUGUGGACCUGGAGAAAAAAGUGGGCGCUUUGGAGAACAUCGUGUGCGUCCUGAACCGAGAAGUGGAGCGCAGCUCCGUCACUCUGGAGGCUUUUGCCCACCAGCAUCGUUUAGACCAGGAAAAGAUAGAAAACCUGUCAAACAGAGUGCGGCAGCUCGAGCGGACGGUGACCAUGAGAGACUUGCAGCUGUCUGAAACCGAACAGCUGCUGCGGGAGCUGCAGCACUGCACCUACGACGGUGUGUUUGUGUGGAAAAUCACGGACUUCUCACGCCGCAGGCAGGACGCCGUGGCGAGUCGAGCGCCUGCUAUGUUCUCACCAGCAUUUUACUCUAGUAAGUAUGGCUACAAAAUGUGUCUCAGGCUGUAUCUGAACGGCGAUGGGACAGGACGGGGCACACACCUGUCGCUGUUCUUCGUGGUCAUGAGGGGCAAAUGUGAUGCUCUGCUGAAAUGGCCCUUCAGUCAGAAGGUGACGCUCAUGCUCCUGGAUCAGAACAACAGGGAGCACAUUAUCGAUGCGUUCCGCCCCGACGUCACCUCCACCUCCUUCCAGCGGCCGAUCAGUGAGAUGAACAUCGCCAGCGGCUGCCCUCUCUUCUGUCCUCUGCCUAAACUGGCUGGCAAGAGCCCUUAUCUGAGAGAUGACACCAUAUUCAUCAAAGCUAUUGUAGACCUCACAGGCUUAUAGGGUGCAAACUGUGGAAGUUGCACCAAAAUAUUGAAACAUUUACUAAAAACCUGAAUAUUUAAUAGAUUUAUUCACAUAUAUAA